CGAGCGGCGCGGGAGCGGAGGAGCCGGCGGCCAAUGAGAGCGGCCUGGGCUGCGCUGUCGCUGCUGCUGCUGCCGGGGCUGGGCCGCAGGGUGACAGUGACAGCGACAGCGACAGCGACAGCGACAGCGAGCACGGCCACCACCGCGGCCACCAUGGAGGGGACAGCCACGGGGACAGCCACGGGGACAGAGGGGACAGCCACAGGGACACCCACGGCCACCGGGGGCACCUGCGGCGGCGCCGGGAACGGCACCGCGGGGGACAAAGGGGACACCGGGGGGGACACCGGGGAGGUCUCGGCCGCCUUCGUCACCUGCCCCAACCUCAGCGUGGCCACCGAGCUGGCCAGGUCGCUGGUGCAGCAGCGUUUGGCCGACUGCGUGAACAUCAUCCCCGGAGUGACCUCGGUGUACACGUGGCAGGGCAAGCUGGAGGAGGACAGCGAGGUCCUGCUGAUGAUCAAGACCCGCAGCUCCCGGGUGCCGGCGCUGAGCGACUUCGUGCGGAGCCACCACCCGUACGAGGUGCCCGAGGUGGUGGCGCUGCCGGUGGCGCAGGGGAACGCCCCGUACCUGCGCUGGGUGCGCGACAGCGUGCCCCCCUGAGACACCCAAAAACAGCCCAAAAACAGCCCC